AUCCGUUUGAAGUAAAAUGCCAAAUUAACCUCACAGUCUUUCCUUCGGAUUUGAAUUUUUAAGAAUGUUAGGUAUUUGAAAGUUGUCCUGACGCUCAUGCUGUAUAGAUACGUAUAUUUUUUACGAGAAAAAAUUAACUUCUCCCUGUCCCUUAUUUGUGUUCGGGAAAUUUAAUUUACAUUGGAGGGGAGUGCGAGUAUUAACACACCAAGUUGCGUAGUCUCGUAGGUAGUGGCGAGCAGGUAAACCGGUUCUUCCCAUUUCUAAGUAUCUCUCCCUGGAUUCGACGGGCGACAAUGGCUAAAGAGUUAAUGCAAUUUGUCGAAGGGAACGCAUGGAGCAACGAGGUAGUGUUGGGGGCGCUUUUGCCGAAAGGGUGGUGGGUCCCGUUACCCCACACAUGCAGAACAUGGCUUCGGAUAUACACUGCUGGCACUAUUGUAUAUUUAAUGACCGGGAUAUUGUGGUGCACCUCCAUUUACUACUCCCGAUACUGCGGCCGUAUUCCUAAAGAGGCUGUUCCUUCCAUCAGGUCUAUGCUUAUGCACAUCAAAAUUUCAAUGCAGUCGUUGCCAUUUUAUAGUGGUUUGCCGACUUUGAUAGAAUAUGUGGUUGAGAAAGGGUGGACCAAAUGCUACGCAAAAUUAGAGGAGGUCAGCUGGGCCACUUACAUUGGCAACACAAUCGCAUAUCUGAUGAUCAUCGAAUUUGGUAUUUAUUGGAUGCAUAGGUGGCUGCACACUGUCAAACCACUUUAUACACACCUUCAUGCAUCGCAUCACAUCUAUAGCUCUCCAGACACAAUUUCCCCUUUUGCAGGUCUUGCAUUCCACCCUUUGGAUGGCCUUAUGCAGGCAUUCCCGCAUCUUCCUGCCUUAUUUCUGGUACCAAUGCACUUCCCAACUCAUUUGGCACUUUUCUUCUUUGAGGCUCUGUGGACAGCUAACAUCCAUGACAAUAUCCACGGAAGAGUGUGGCCCAUCAUGGGGGCUGGUUACCAUGGCCUCCAUCACACAACACACCGCAACUGCAAUUAUGGUCAUUACACGGUGUGCAUGGACUGGCUGUUCGGAACACUCCACACCCCACCCGCUGACACCGAUAAAAUUAAAGGAUUAUCUGAAUAGAAAAAAAGAGGGAAAAAUGCAAAGGAAUACCUACAAGACUUAUGAGUGGAAACAUGAGAUAGGAAACUUAAAAGACUUCAUCCUGAUGAUAUGGAUGGACUUUAGUAUGCAUCUGGGAUGGAAAAAUACUGAUGUUCAUCCAGACUGGAUAUAUUAAGGGGCAUAUUUAACACAUCAUCCUCAAUUUACGCUAGGACUUGUGUGUAGAAAUGACCCCGAACUUAUCCUCCAUAUGACUAAAUUUAAGCUGAAUUCAUCUUUAAAAUAGACGGGUUCUUUUGAGAUAGGUGUCAUGUGAAUAUUUCCAAAAUGCUUAAUGAUGUCCAUUUGUUUGUGAAUGACUUCUACACUAACAAUCUGAAGUUUAGCUUCAAAUGAGUGGUUGAAGCCUUGAAAAAAUGUGAAAGCGAUGCUAAUGGCUACAUUACUGUUUUAAUUGAUGAUGUAAAGAAAAAAUGUUCGAGGAGAUGAACUCAACUAAAUAUAUUAAGAGGAAAAUAGUAUAUUUAUUAAAAUGUGUAAAAAAAUUAAUAACAAUGAUCAACAAUCACUUACCUGAUAAAAAAAAGCAAAAUGAAAAACUUAAAACCAGCACAAGCUGAGGUUAUAAAAACAAAUACACAGGUAUUAACAUUACAGAUUUAAUCCGUCAUAUGUUGAACAAUUAAGAAAAUAUAUGUAUUGCGCUUGAAA